AUGGCCUCCGUCGCACGCAUCGAUGUUAUUAAGCGGCUACAGCAUGAAACAAUCACGAUCAAAGGGCUUCGCUCAGCCUUUGCAGGGUGGCCGUUCGGUAUUAAUCAGCACCUGGAUCAAGUACGAGCGGAUGUUGAAUAUACCCUGAGAAGUCGUUUUAAGAAUCACCCCAAGCUACAGAAGCUACUCCGAGGAGACUAUGGGCUUUUGGGAGCGACAUGGUGGCCGUGCGUGAAUUACAACGAACUCCUUCUUGCCACCUAUCUUCCCUUAUGGCUCUUCAUGUGGGAUGACGAGCUGGACUCGGACGUUGGAGAGCUUACCCACAAUUUCAACGCAGGGCAACUCUAUCGAGCAGAAACCCUAGAAUUUGUAAAGACCCAUCUUGGCCUCGGUGACCAGGUGGUUACUACAAGUAGCAAUGGUGUGAUUCAGAGUUUCGACCACAUUGGAGCUGCCUUGCGCUCAUCGUGUAUUGACCAGCGGAGGACACUUCUCAAAGAGAUCCAGUUCUUCAUGGAUACAUCAGAAGUAGAGCAAUCGCUCCGCCUGAGAACCGGCCUUGUGACUCUGGAUGAAUUCUCACGAUACCGUCCGGGAACGAGCGCGGUGCGAGUGGUUCUCGCGAUCAAUCAAUACUGCUAUGGCAUUGACCUUCCUGCGUAUGUUACCGAGGAUCCAGACUACGAUGCGCUCUGGCACCUGACCAAUGUCAACAUAUGCAGCGUGAAUGACCUUUUGUCUGUCAAAAAAGAGCUUGCUCAUGGAUCUGCCGAGAGUCUUAUACCAAUCCUCUAUGCUGAGCUUGGAUCCGCCCAGAAAGCAGCAGAGCAGAUCAUGCGAAUCAUCACACUGUCCAUUGCUGAGUUUGACCAGACGGCAGAGAGGCUUGUUGCCCGACAUGGGGGAAACUCUGCAAAGUUAGCCAAGGAGCUUGAAACGUUCAUAAUCGGCUGCCGAUAUGACUGCACUGGAAAUUUGGCAUGGAGGUACGUGCAUCUGUGA